AUGUCAAAUGCAAGCAGUAAUUCGAAUGUACUUACAACUGGAACUGUACUAACAUAUGCUGGAACAAGUAAUCUUCGAAGUGGACUUAAUAACCAUGCUUUCAUAGUUGGUCUUAUCAUUAAUCUUUUUGCACUGGUAUUAGAUAUUCCACUGGUUUUAUAUUAUCUGUAUUACGGAACUGUUUGGAUACAAGUACCAUUUAUUUGUCAACUUUGGAGAUAUAUUGAUGCAGUAUCAUAUUCGGUAAUACCUAAAUUAGUUGCAUGGGCUUCCUUUGAACGGCAUAUUCUGAUUUUUAAUGACCGACGAUUUUUACGAUCAAAGAAUCGUAUUUUAUUUCAUUACAUACCUAUAGGUGUUUGGCGUUAUAUUAUUGGUAUAACGAACUUUGGUUCUCAAAAUUAUGUGUACGGAAGCUUUUUGUCUUAUUAUGUUAACUUUCUCUUUCCUUUUGGAUGUAUUGGUACAAUACCUAAACUUAAAAUAAAAAUAAAAAAGAUAUUAUUAUGUUGCAAAAUAAAACCAAAUGCUGUUGCUCCACGUACAGUGAAAAAUCAGCAACAACCAAUUGAUCAAAAACCUAUUAUAGCAAAUACAGCUUUAUAA